AUUCCUCUGGUGAAUCCCAUUGUUCCCAUACUAACAGUAUCAAUUACUGCUUGACAUAUCUCAUACAUGACACUGUCGGAGAAAGAAACUUGAUCAUCUAGUUCACUGUGUCUUUGUGUGCGUGUGGAUGUGUGUGUAUGUGUGUAUAAUACCACAUCCUGGUUUGUAAGUAGCACAAGGAGGAGGAGGAGGGCUGACACGUUUUCUUUGCAUAUCCAGCACCUGCUCCCACAAGGUGCGGUUGUAGGAUUUAUCAGGAAGAGUGUUCACAGAUGAUAUGACACCAAAGCUCGGCAGUAUCUACAAUAUUUCUUGUUGACAGGAAAAUACUUGAAGUGCAUUUCAAAAGCCUUCAGCAACAGACGGUCCUCUAAUCCACAGCAGAUAUGAGAUGUCGAGAUAAUAUCAAAAUUACAGCCAUUCUUACUAGCCUCUCCUUACUAAUAUGGGGAAUCUUCAUUGUAUUUGAUGUACAGAGUGAUCCACUACAAAUGAUUGGGUUCAAUUAUGGUGAUCAACCUAAAGACAAGUUUACAGACACUGUCAUAAAGUGUAGCUUAUCAAAAGCCUGCCCACCUGAUACCUUUGAUUUCCAUAUCUGGAGUGGAGCAGCUAACGUUGUUGGACCGAAGAUCUGCUUCAAUGGUAAAAUCAUCAUGAGUCAUGUGUUGAAUAAUAUCGGCCCAGGAAUCAACAUUGUGGUGGUAAAUGGUGAAAGGGGAGACUUGGAAAAGUUUGGAUAUUUUAAUAUGAUCAGUGGCGGCAAAAAUAAUAUCCUGGAAUACCUGAAAACAAUAAAACCUGGUAGUAUUGUUUUGGUGGCCUCGUACAUGAAUGUGACACCACGGAUGACAGAUGAAAUUAGGGAUGUAUUUGAAUCAAUGGGAAGUCGUUUCAUCCAGUCUUUAAAAAAAAAAGAUGGCUGGAUAUUUGCUGGAAAGAUUGGGGCGAAAGAAAAAAGCCUCUUUGAGAGAGUGUCUGUCAAUGACGAAAAAACCAACAUUUAUGAUGAGUGGCCGCAUGUGGUGGAGAUGGGUGGCUGUUACCCAAUGACCAUACCUGGCGAAGACGAAUCAGAGGCUUCUCAGCAGGAAGACAAAGUUUGACUUCAAGACUUACCCAUGAAAAUGUAAAAGACUCAGACACCUUUGUGUGGGAAAUUGACAGUAGGUUUUCAGUUUACUGAAUACCUUGAGUUCCCCUUACACCACCAAGAGAACAAUACAGACAGUAGCUAAAGUUAGCUGGGAGCAGGGUGUGUUAG